AGAAUUUGAACAGCUUUGCACCUAGUGCACUCAGCAGACACUUCAGACUGGAGAGAAUGUUUGCUUCAGAAAAUAUUAAGAGACCCUGAGAGCGUCAGUAACUUCCUUCCUGGCUGAGAUGAUAUUUCAGAGACGUUCACUUGGACUAUGAGGUCAGUAACGAGGGGCUUUCCUCCCGCCCUCUCUCUGCUGCAGUCACAUAUACUGGUUCUGAAGAGACAUGAAGUCACGCAGGAGCUGCUGGUCUAUCCUCCUGUUCGUCAGUUUCUCCCAUGCUCUUCUCAUUGACAUUCCUCAGGAUUCAGUCAAUGGAACUGUCGGUCUUUCUGUCCUCCUGUCCAUCUCCUACAGACUCCAGGGGCCAUUUUCCUCUCCUCUGUCCAUUCAGUGGAAUUUCAGUAACACCCCUAAUCCACUCACCAUGUACACAGUGAUUAACUGUUCUGUCAGUGCGGAGGGGAUUCCCACCCGCUGCUCUGGACUUAAUUAUACACAUGAAGCAUACCAAGGCCGGACUGAAUUUUUUCCUGAAAAUGCUUCUCUGCUCCUUCGGAACCUGCAGCUCAGUGACCGCGGAGUCUACAGCGUCACCUUCAAAGCACCACAGCAAACCAGACACAUCACGUUAACUGUAUCUGAAUCUCACCUGAACCAUGGAAAUGCAGACGGUGGAAAAAGAGAAGAAACUAACCAAUCUCCAGACCAUCUUCUUGGACUUCAGAUCACUGGUGGCUUCUGUUUUCUCCUACUUAUCCUGUUGCUGCUCUUCUGCUGCAGACAGCAUAAAGGUGCAGUUCAACAGAGGAAGACAAGAGUCAUAGAGCAAGAAGAGAUCCCAAACCAUGAGGAAUCUCACAUGGAAAGUUCAUUACCAACAACGGUAUCAACAAUUUAUGCAAGGAUUGGAGAAGACACUGGGCAGCGGCAGCGCAGAUCAGAGUCACAGACUGAAUAUGCCUCUAUAAGCUUCUCUUAACAGCAGCUGUAACCUCAACAUGCAGAGCUGGUUUUAGGUAUGAUCAGCACAUGUAGUUACUCUGGGAGCCAUGCAGUUCAGGAGCUGUGCUGUAAAUAACCAGAUUAUCCUAUUUAAUGGGAAUGGUACAUAGUGGCAAUAUUGUUUAGAUGGUUUUUCCAGACUUCUGAGCUUUCCAGAAGAGUAUAUUAUACACAUGUAAAUAGAUGAUGGAUUAAAUCUAAAGUGUCUUUGUGAAUUCAGGACUCCUCUGUUUUAAGGUGCAGCUUGAGGCACUGAAGCCUGUAGAUUAUCAUCAUUGUCUCUUCAUAUUGGGUAGAGCCUGGAGGCCCCAGUCAGGGAUCAGGAUACCAUUGUGCCAAGCAAUGUACAAACACAACCUAAAGACGGUUCCAGCCCCAAAGCAUGUGGGACAUCUUAAGCACUAAUAUGGGUUCCAUUGACAUGUAUCCUGUGUGCCCCUGCUCCACUAGCUUUCUGAGUGCAUCUGGUAUGUAAUGUGUGUAGCAUUUGGAGCUACCAGGUGAUAUCCAGAAUAAGAAAUUUACUGUACCUUGUUCUAGGCUCUGCUGUUGUCUGUGUUCUCCAUGAAAAUCUUGGAACGAGCUGUUCUUUAUUCAUUUUAAAGUAAUUUUGAAAACACAGAGUGAAAAUAAAAGGAAUUGGGUGUGUGGGCUGUGGAAUUUCUACUUAUCUGGAGAAGGAAGGAUCUUCUUUUUGCAACUGUUAAAAUUUUUCAUUUAGCAAAAAGCUAAUGUCCACGGGCUCCCCUUCAUUUGGGAGCCUGGAAAUGUAACAGAGAAGCUUAAAUUCUUUUUAAAGUGAGUUUCUUUCCCUUUCACUGUGAAGAUACCCUUGAUACAUUAAACUGAUACAA